AUGCGGCGACUUUCUCUGAGCUCUCGCGAGGUUUCCUCUUGCCGGAAGCAGCGGAGGGACUCUCCCGUUAACUGCGUCGCGAUGUGUGGGGACUGUGUGGAGAAGGAAUAUCCCAACCGGGGUAACAUCUGCCUGGAGAAUGGAUCUUUCUUGCUGAACUUUAUAGGCUGUGCAGUGUGCAGUAAGCGGGAUUUUAUGCUGAUCACAAACAAAUCUUUGAAAGAGGAAGAUGGAGAAGAAAUAGUUACCUAUGAUCCAGAUCUUUGUAAGAAUUGUCAUCACGUAAUAGCCAGGCAUGAGUAUACGUUCAGUAUCAUGGAUGAAUUUCAGGAGUAUACCAUGCUGUGUCUGUUAUGUGGUAAAGCUGAAGAUACGAUCAGUAUUCUCCCUGACGACCCCCGACAAAUGACUCUGUUAUUCUAAGGAUCCUUCUGCAGCUCUGUAAUCACAAUGUUGUGUUGGUUUACAAUACAGCAAGCCUGAUGGUUUGUCUGACUUAGUUUAUAA